AAUUAAUUUAUUCACAAGUACUCAAUCAAAUCUUUUCUUUCUCUUACUUAUAUCAAAUGGGUAUAUAUUAUUACUGACACACGGGUGUAUUCACAGAUUGCACUGUUUGUUUAUUGAUAAGGUCAGGUCGCUGGUCGCAGUAGAAACAUGGAUUUGGAAAAGAUUGGGAUUGCUAAGGAUGUUACUGAGUUAAUUGGCAAAACCCCAUUAGUAUAUCUCAACAAUAUUGUUGAGGGUUGUGUUGGUCGUGUUGCUGCUAAAUUAGAGAUGAUGGAGCCUUGCUCUAGUGUUAAAGACAGGAUUGGUUAUAGCAUGAUUAAAGAUGCCGAGGAGAAGGGUCUUAUUACACCAGGAGAGAGUGUCCUCAUCGAACCUACUAGUGGAAAUACUGGGAUAGGAUUAGCCUUCAUGGCAGCAGCUAAGGGGUACAAGCUUAUAAUCACUAUGCCCGCUUCAAUGAGUCUUGAGAGAAGAAUUAUUCUCCGUGGUUUUGGUGCUGAGUUAGUCUUGACCGAUCCUGCUAAGGGAAUGAAAGGUGCUGUUCAAAAGGCUGAAGAGAUUUCGGCCAAAACGCCUAAUGCUUACAUUCUCCAGCAGUUUGAAAACCCUGCAAACCCGAAGAUUCAUUAUGAAACCACUGGACCAGAAAUCUGGAAAGGCACUGGUGGGAAAAUUGAUGCCUUUGUAUCUGGAAUUGGCACGGGAGGAACAAUAACCGGCGCUGGAAAGUUUCUUAAAGAGCAGAACCCCGAUAUUAAGCUAUAUGGCGUAGAACCUGUUGAGAGUCCCAUUCUUUCUGGAGGAAAACCUGGUCCACAUAAGAUCCAAGGAAUUGGUGCUGGAUUCGUUCCCGGUGUUCUGGAUGUUGAUCUGAUUGAUGAAGUUAUUCAAAUCUCAAGUGAUGAGGCCAUAGAAACUGCAAAGCUUCUUGCUGUGAAAGAAGGAUUGCUUGUGGGAAUAUCAUCAGGUGCUGCAGCUGCAGCAGCCGUUAAAAUUGCAAAGCGACCAGAAAGUGCAGGAAAACUAAUUGUUGUUAUUUUCCCAAGUUUUGGGGAGCGAUAUCUCUCAUCUGUGCUAUUUGAAUCAGUCAGGCGAGAGGCGGAGACCAUGACCUUUGAGCCCUAAACUGAUUGCUGACGUUGAAGGCAUUCUUCUUUUUUACUGUAAAAUGGAAAAGAGUUUGUUUUACAAUUAUAAUGCCCGUCUUUCUUAAACAAGGUCAUAUUUUUAAAACACUUGGGAUGUUUAUUAGAUUAUUUGUUGUUUCAUGGAUCAUGAUGGAUUGCGACAUUGUCUAACGGAACUGCCUUCCAUGAA